AUGGAAUCUUCAAGCAUGGUAUGGUGGUUUCACCCUGAGGUUCAAGGUGUCCAUCUACUCUUUGAGUCUUUUGUAUUAGACAAUGGAGGAAAGCUAUUUCUAGCAUACAUCUUUAUCGUUGCCAUGUGCUGGACAGAGCGUGGCAUUUCAUAUUACCUUGAUUACCGGACACGCCGGCGAGGAUGGAAGGAUAUCUUACUACGAACAGGACUCUACGGUGUUGCAACGACAUUACGGCUAUGGUACAUGUUGAUCACCAUGUAUUUCAAUAUAGGUCUUUUCAUUGUUGUGGUGGUGUCGUUGACAAGCGGGCAACUAGGCGUCGAAUACUUAAAAACAUACAAUGCACCCCCAUCAAAGUUAUAUGACGAGCGUGGAUAUGCCCAGCCAACAAGCAAACAACAAAGAUACUCUCACGAGGAAGAACAACAACAGCUCUUUGCGGUGACUGAUGAUGCAUUUGAGCUCUCCAGGAAUAGCUACGAUCAGCGAAUGGCACCGUCUCGUCUUCUACAACUACCACGUGUUAUGACUCGAUUCAACUCUACUACGACUGCUACUACCAUUAACCGACCUGUUGCAGCUGUCAUUGUGAAACGUGGUCCCUGUGAUGCUGUUGCCAAUGACGCCAAUGACACCUUGCAUUCACUCCAUCGCAAACCGAACAGCUCAGUAUACCUCUUAGUCAAAAAGCCACGCAAGGACCAUGCAUGGGGCUUUCCUCAAGGUGGUAUCGACCCAGGUGAAUCGAUAGCAGAAGCAGCACUUCGAGAAUUACGCGAGGAAUGUGGCAAUGAUAUCAAGGUACGCCUCAUCGACACCGUAUCACCCAGCUGUGUAUAUCAAUAUCGGUUCCCAGAUGAAUUCAUCAAGAAGAGCAAACGACCUUUUACAGGUGCAAAGGUGGAAUUCAUGCAAGCUGAGUGGGUAGAAGGCCAAUGUUCACCAGAUAAUCACGAGAUUGUGGACUUUGCUUGGGUGACACUUGAAGAGUUAGAAGGGUAUAUAGAGGACAAAGGUUACAAAAACGCUAUUUUCAGUGCUUUGAAAACAUAA